AUGGGAGCUGCUAAAGUGUGGCUAGAUUGCAGCCAAGAUCUGCAGCAGUACCCACAACAAGAAAAGCUCAGUAGCCUGAGGCCUACCUCAUCCACCCUGCUCUGCAGCCUGAGGCCGACCUCAUCCAACCAGCCCUGCAGCCUGAAGCCUACCUCAUCCACCCUGCCCGGCAGCCUGAGGCCAACCUCAUCCACCCUCCCCGGCAGCCUUAAGCCUAACUCAUCCAUCUAGCCCUGCAGCCUGGGGCCUACCUCAUCCACCCAGCUCUGCAGCCUGAGGCCUACCUCAUCCAUCCAGCCCUGCAGCCUGAAGCCUACCUCAUCCACCCUGCCCGGCAGCCUGAGGCCUACCUCAUCCACCCUGCUCUGCAGCCUGAGGCCUACCUCAUCCACCCAGCCCUGCAGCCUGAGGCCUACUACCCAGCUCUGCAGCUGAGGCCUAUUUCACCCAUCCUGCCUUGCAGCUGA